AUGGAGGCUUUUGUGCACUUCACCAACCAGACGCAGGGUCGGGAGCGCCUCUUUCGAGCAACUCAGUAUUCAUGCAUGCUGCUUAGUUAUAUUCUAGAGCGUAAGACUCACCGAGAGAAAGUGGUUAUGAAGCUCAGACUUCUGGAAGCGAGCAUGAGCUCAGGACGCAAGAUGUUUAGGCUUGGCAAUAUCGUGCAUGCCAUCGUGGCAGCCCAUCAAGCUUCUCUGUUGCCCUACGCCAUUCCUCGCUUCUUCCUGACUGCCUCCAACAUGAACCGGGUUAUGUACUUUGCCUGUGAUACCGUCUUGUGGGUGAAGAGCGUUGGGCUCCUCUCGGAGAUCAAUGAGAAGAAGUGGCGCAAAUGGGCGACCAAGUGCUACUACUAUUCCCUGGUGAUAAACCUGGUCAAGGAUUUUUAUGAGCUCUGCUGGCGCAUGAAGCAGACCACCUGCAGCCAGAAGCCCCAAAAGACCUCGGCAGCCGGUUGGCGGAAAUUCCAGAAGAUGGCUUUCCUGACCAACGGUGAGCUACAGACUCUUCUCCUGCUUGCCUUCCUCACGUUAAAGAACUACCCACCCCUCUUGCUGGAUACGGUGAAGAACCUUUGUGAUAUCUUUAGUCCGUUGGACCGACUGGGCAUCUACAAGACCAACCCUGGAGUUAUAGGGCUGUGUGGUGUCAUCUCCUCCCUGGUGGGAAUCCUUACUGUGAUGAGGCCACACCUACGGUUGAAGCAUUGACUUGGAGCCUGUUUCACCCCUGGUGCAUAUUGGCCUCCACCUCUUGGAUGAUGGAGUUUUGUCCUCC